AUGUCGUCAUUGUCUUUGGCGGCAUGCGGGAUAUUGACGUCAGAACAGCUGAUCCAAAUUCUAAAACGGAAUGAAUCAUCGUCUGACUCCAUUUCGAGUGGUGCAAAAUCUGCGCCAAAAAUUGACAUUUUACGGAGUGCGUGGGCGGACGAUACGAUGUAUGUGCCUCGCAAAGUCGAGCUGAUUCUCGAUUGCACACUAGAUAUCAUGACAUCGAGUGCCAAGGCCGGAUCUAGGGUCGAACCCAAAUACCUUGAAGCGGAUUAUUGGGAGCUGCUUCUACAGGUUCUAUCUACGGUUUCAGGUGAUUCUGACUUCUUGCAUGCAAUCGUAUCGAGACACAACGUGCUCACCCUCGUAUCUGCAUUGUCAGAAGAACCAUCAGCAGAUGCAUGGAUAAAAGCUGUACCAGUUCUUACCAUACUGCUGCCGGCAUGCAUUCGACGGAUCGGUGCGAGCCAGAUCGACGCGGUCAAUGCGUGUUUCCGCGACUUGAUCAAGGUCAUGGCACAUGUUGAUUUAGCCAGCAUGGUUGAGACCUGUACUCACAUGUGGGAGGCUGUGUGUAAGCCCUGGGCAUCUGAUCUUGCCCUCGGCUCAAAUGCAAAAAAGAGUGCAAAGUUUUUCGUGGCCGAAUCGCUGCUGCCCUAUGCUACCGCUCGUAUACAUACGGACACGACAUAUCUCGCUGAAUUACUGGAUCAUGUGGCAGGCCUGUCGCUUUAUGGCCCCUUAGCAUUAGAACUCAAGGCCAGCGCCACUGCCAUUCCCGAUUCAGUCGAUCUUCUGACAUCAUCACUGUGUGCAUUGCUCCCAUCUCAUCCGGCCUACGAUGCGGUGCUGGCACCGCUGCUGCUUCAUCUCGUCAAACAUACAUCUGCAAUGCAUUCUCAUGCCCCGCCCGCUAUCAUUCGACAUGGCGCGUUAGAACGAUGCCUCGUGCCCCUUGCCUCUGCAUUACUUGCCUUGCCUGACAAGGUGCCGACAUUACUGUCACUCGUUCAAGCUAUUGAUCAGAGUGGCUUAUACCAGCCCGGUGGUGACGACCAAGAUACUUGGACAACUCUAUGGACAAAGGUCUUGGCUUAUACCCUGCGCGAUAUGGACGCGACCGCUGCUGGACGAGACACGUCUUUUUCCCUGCUACACACCUUGUGGCGUUUAUGUCCCGAAGAAGUGGCUCAUCAUUUGACCACUGUUUGGACACAUGCGGCGCGCCUUUCAGUGAAAAUGCCAGCAUUUAAUACUGCUUUGGCACUUGCGCAUGCUGUUCUUGCGCGCGUAAGUCAAGAGCGUCGUCUGCCGUGGCUCCUGGAUACCCUUUGCGAGGCGUGUGAAUCUCUCAACAAGCCUCUAUCUGAGCUCAUGCAGAGUCCUAUCUUGUGCGUGCAAAGCGCACGCGCGUGGGAAGAGUCGUUAACCAAACACGCUACGAUCGAGCAAGCACAUGCUAUGAUGCUCGACAUGUUAAGUAAGGUUCGCUCUGCCCAGUCUUCCAUGACAGUAUGCAUGACAUACUUACUUUGCCUCCUGGUACCAAGUUUCACACCACUCGGGGAUCAACGCGCGCUGUUAGCCGAUUGGGCUGCAUCUUGUAUGAACGCGUCCGACUCGUUGGUGGUUUCUGUCGGCCUUGAGCUGCAUGUACGUCUCGUUCAGUGUGGCUACUGUAUCACAUCUCUUCCGUGUGAGCGGCUGUCAGCUUAUCUCUCGGAUGCAAAAUGUGACCCGGUGCUGCGCUUGUCCUCUUUUCGCGCUCUUUGUUGUGAAGCCGAAGUCACAGGCACCCCGCCGCCGUGGAACGAGGAUGCUCUUAUUGACUUGUUACUCGCUGGUUUGCACACAGAUAUGGCGCCUAGUACCUGGGAUGGCCAAGUGCUGGGCUUGACAGAAACGGAUCAGGCACCUGUUGCGUUAUGGCGCCUGAUCACGACAAGGUGGCUUCACAUCAUCGAACAAAUGGCCUCUGAUGCGUUGUUGGAUCAUCUUGUCGCAUUUAUGGCUCAGACAUUGGAUGCGCAUGGCAUGUUGCGAACAGUGAGUGCACUUUUACUCCGCAAUGCCCAAUUUUUUGAGCAAAAGCGGUGGCAGGCCGCUGUUUUACGAUACGCGCGCGUAUCAUUGAGCGGCAAAGAUGCUCUCCGUACGGUGCGUAUACUUACGCGUGUGCCUGUUGAAUACGUGACUCGCCCUGUUGCUUUGGAACUCGCGCCGUAUUUUUGGCAACUGGAUCAGUCCCGAGUGCAGGAUGCUGAGCUGAAGCAGCUCUUAUUUCGUUGGCUGCAGGCUUAUCCACAUACAGCCUCGUUUGCGACGCCGCUAGCCGCUUAUGUUGAUUCAUUACUCAAGUUGCCACAAGCUUAUUUGAAUGGCGCCCACGAAACUAUGAGCUUGUCUCUUGUUCGUGCCAUGCUUCCGCAUGCCAAAGAAGCAUCUUUGCCGAUCGACGAUUGGAUGUCUUUGGCAGCAGCUUCCAAACCGUCACCUAAGCAACAUAUGGCACGGUGUGCUUUGGCGGAGAUCUUACCUUUUGCCGUCGACAAUAGGAUCUUGGCAUGGAUGCCGACGUUGGCCCCAUCCGUCGAGUCUGCUGUCGCCCAAAUUCACUCAGACAUGUCGUUUGAAAGUGCCAAGGAGCUUGCGCUUCUUUUUCGGAUCUUGGCGGCCUAUCUACGAGCACAUCCGCAGAGCAUGGCACCUUUGUUGCAGGCAGUAGAUGCUUUGUGUUCUUCAGCAACACCACAUCUUGCACCCCUCGCUCCUGCGCUACUAUCGUGCAUUAUGUCCGUUGCUACUGACAAAGGCAGAUUUAUGCACAUGGUAUGUGCUUUUGCCAUGUUAUCCUCGACCUUUUCUCAGACAUCUGAUGACCUUAUACCCCAACUUGUGGCUGUGAUCGAGACGAUGGAAGUCGAUGCAUAUGGCUCCACCCUCAAUGCGCUAACCUCCUUGUUUCAUACCGACACGACAUGCACCUUGAGCGAAUUGGUAUCUUUCCUCCAAGUUAUUGCACUCAUGUUCCAGCAUGCACCUCCGCGUUCAAGCCGGGCCUCUGACAAGUGCUUUUCGCAUCUAGUGUUAUCGCUAGGCCCAAUGGCCACGCAUUUUCCUAUGCUCACCAAGCCCAUCGUGGAAGUGCUCUUUUGCGUGUGUCAAUACCGGCCACACAUGCUGCGUCCCUUUGAUGUGCCGCGAAUUUUGGCUCUUUUGGGCAUCUUACUUGGGCCUCGCUUGGCAGAACCUGUCGAUGAGCACGACGCCAGUGCUAUUUUUGGUGGCAUUUGUGGAGUGCUUCGAUCCCUCAUUCGACACCGCAAAGAUUUGAUCAAGCCAUGCCUGCCUCAUUUAACUGAAAUACUGUCACAGCAAUGGCGCCUUCUAUCACACGCUUCAAGUGCUCAUACUGGUAUGGCGAUUGAGCGCCAGAUUCAUGCAUCUAUGCCGUGCUGGCUGAAUAUGGUCGUAUCGCCGCUAGGUCUUGACGCUGCUCAGGCAUUUCGACGGGUGCUGUCUGAGCUUGCUGGUAAAACUAGCGUGAUUCACGUGUCGAAGAAGGCCAAGCCCCACACUCCCAAUAUGAAUGAGACGCUAGCCAAGUCUAUGACGAAGCAUGCCGUGUACAUUUUGGUCGCAUAUGCCCGCUGUGUUACUAUGCCACAUACAACCAUUGCUCCGAAUCUGCGGCAGGAAAUACUGCCAGGCCUAUUUGCUUUAUGCGACAUUUGUGGUGACUUUGAGCGCGACGCGGCACUCAAGAGCAUGCUCGAUGCAAGUGCACAGCUUGUCUUUAAAGACAUUUGGAGGCAAUGGGAUGCCCAGCGAUACAAGGGCGCUUAG